AUGGACAAGGCUAAAUUGUCUAUUGACACUACCCCCGAACAACUUGUGGGAUUGGUCUUCCCAGGUGGCGCCAGGCCAACCUUAACCUUCUCUGACAAAGAACUGCCACCGAAGGGCUCAGCUCACAACAAACCCUUGUACAUAUCUAUGGAGUGCAGGGAGAAAUGGGUACUGGUGGUGUUGAUAGAUAUUGGUUUAGCCAUCAAUGUCUGUCCUUCCCGCAUAGCUUAUGCAAUUGGCCUUAAACCAACGGAUUUUGUUCCCAUAGCCCAAUCUCUUCCUCUGAUUCUGCUGCUUAUGCUUCUUCUGCAAAUAGAGAAUUUGGAGAAGAAGGAACUGAAUUGGGUUGGAAUUGGAUGCAACAAAGCCAGUAGAGUCACCCAUAUAGACCUAGAGAAUUACGAUUUAAGAGGAACACUUUUCAAUUUUAACUUGUCUUCCUUCCUUCAUCUUGUCAGCCUUGAACAUUAUAACAACUCAAUCCAUGGGACCAUCCUCUUAAACAUUGGUAGCCUUGUGAGACCUACCAACCUAAGCUUGUCCUACAAUUGUCUUUUAGGAACAAUUCCAUCAGAAAUAGGAAUGCGUAGCUCUCUGAGGGAACUCCUUUUGUAUUCUAACAAUCUUUCAGGUCCAAUACCUUCGUCUAUUAGAAACUUGGGUAAUUUAACCAAAUUACGCCUUACCAAAAAUAAAUUUGUUGGACCAAUCCCUCAAGAAGUUGGGGUGCUAAGAUCUCUCAUUGAUCUCCAAAUGUCAAGGAACAAUCUUACAGGUUCAAUCCCUACUUCCAUACAGAACUUGGCCAACUUAACCAUUUUAAGCCUUUAUGAAAACCAACUUUCUGGAUCGAUCCCUGAAGAAGUCGGAUUGUUAAGGUCUCUAUAUAAGUUGUCUCUCACUUUUAAUAACCUCACAGGUUCAAUCCCUGCCUUAAUAGAGAACUUGACCUAUUUAACCAUCUUAUACCUUUAUGAAAGCAAACUUUCUGGGUUUAUCCCGCAAGAAAUCGGAAAGCUUCUGUCUCUCAAUAAACUUGAUUUGUCAACAAAUAAUCUCACAGGUUCAAUCCCAACCUCUAUAAGGAGCUUGGCCGACUUAACCAUUCUGAAUCUUUAUGCCAACAAACUAUCAGAAAACAUUCCUUCUAGUAUUGGAAACUUAAAUAAGCUCAAGCAAUUGAUUUUAUUAGGUUUGAUCCCAAAAAGCUUGAAAGUUUGUGCUAGAUUGUACAGACUUAGGCUUGACAGAAACGAACUUGUAGCAAAUAUAUCAGAAGAUUUCAGUGAACUUUGUCAUAAUCUGACAAGCCUGAAGAUCUCCAACAAUAAUAUUUUUGGGAGGAUACUGUCUGAGCUUGGAAAUGCAACUCAACUAGAUGUACUUGACCUCUCUUCAAAUCAUCUAGUUGGAGAGAUCCCACAUAAUCUGGGAAAGUUGCACUCAUUGUUCGACCUUACUCUGAGUGAUAACAAACUUUUUGGCAACAUUCCACUGGAAAUUGGUGAGAUACCACAAGAGAUUGGAGAACUGCACAACUUAGAGUCACUGAAUCUAUCUCAAAAUGGGCUCUCUGGUUUCAUCCCACUUACUUUCAAUGAUAUUCUAAGUUUGAUAUCUGUUGAUAUAUCUUACAAUCAUUUGGAGGGUCCUCUUCCCAACAGUAAAGCCGUUCAGAAGGCUUCGUUUGAGGCAUUCAGAGAUAAUAAAGCUUUGUGCGGCAAUAUCUCUAGUUUGAAGGCAUGCCCUCCUAAAAUGAGUGAUGGGGCGAAGGGGAAAAAGAACAACAAAUUUCUGAUUUUGGUUAUAGUUCUUGUGUUAGCCAGGAACAAAGUCAAUGAGCCAAGCCAUGGAACUAAGGAAAAUUUGAUUGAAAUAUGGAGCUAUGAUGGAAAAUUGGUGUAUGAAAACAUAAUUGAAGCGACUGAGAACUUUAGCACCAAUCAUUGUAUUGGGGUGGGAGGAUAUGGUACUGUUUAUAAAGUUGAGCUGCAAAGUGGUCAAGUUGUUGCUGUAAAGAAACUUCAUAAUUCACAAGAUGCUGAGUUGGUGGUUAUGAAAAGUUUUACAAGUGAGAUUCAAGCAUUAACAGAGAUACGGCAUCGUAAUAUUGUGAAGCUUUAUGAACUUGCUUUCACAAUGGAAGCGAAUGAGAAGUGCGAUGUCUAUAGCUUCAGAGUGCUAACAUUGGAAGUGAUAAUGGGGAAACAUCCAGGCCAUCUCAUCUAUUCCCUACCAUCAUCAUCGUCAAAGUCAAAUUUUGAAGGCAUGUUUUUUAUGGAUAUUCUUGACCAACGCCUCCCAACAUCCAAGAAUUAA